CGCAGGCAGCUGUUGAAUGAGGCUGCCGUGCUGGCGAUGCUGGAGCACCCAGCAAUUGUUCGCUUCAAGGAGGCCUUUGUGACCAGCGACCAGCAGAACGUGUGCGUUGUGAUGGAGCUGCUGGAGGGAGGCACCCUAGCCCGCUUCAUAAGGCAUCAGGCUGCCAAGAAGAGUCACCUUCCCGAGGCGGCCAUCUGGCGGUUCCUGCUGCAGCUGGCCACCGCGGUGCGGCACCUGCAUGCCAACCGCGUGUGCCACCGUGACCUCAAACCCUGCAAUACACUAUUCUCCGCCAACGGCACCCUCAAGCUGGCCGACUUCGGGCUAUCCAAGCUCAUGCGCCAGAAGAUGACCAGCACCAUUGUGGGCACCCCGCUGUAUGCGGCUCCCGAGGUGUACAACAAGCAGCCGUAUGGCUUCCCUGCCGACAUCUGGGCUCUGGGCUGCAUCGCCCACGAGCUGGCCACCCUUGCGCCCACCUUUGAGUCGAGCUCAUCGCGGGAGCUGCGCUUCAAGGUGCUGCAAGGCACCGUGCCGCCCAUCCCCGAGCAGUACAGCCAGGACCUGCGGGAUGUCGUUGCCGCCAUGCUGCACCUCGACCCCAUCCAGCGCGUCACUGCCGACCAGCUGCUGGAGAUGCCGGCAGUGGCCAGCCGGCUGCAA